UUGCAACGGCUCAAGAAAGGCUCAACGGCGUAAUGCUCAUGAUGCCGCGCGUUGGAAGCGCGGUGACGGGUACGGGAUGUCGGAAUGUGACUUUGUUUUCCCCAUUGAGUGGCAUAACACCGGUUCCGCGGUUCCAGAGGAGGAGGUUGUUGGAUAUGUUGCCCAUCUUGGUCCGAUGGUCGUCCUCGAGGAAAGUAUAUAAAAGGGACGGUGUCCCUUGCGUUGUGAUCGAGAGGACAGAGCAGCAGUCCCAGCCCUCUCUGUUCAUCCAGUCCACUCCUUUGUCAGCUGAUUCCUCACCUUCUCCAUCCCCAACCACCAUCCGUCGCCAGUCACCAUGUAUACGCGGGUAGCAACUGCACUGUCUUUCGCCAGCUUAGUGCUCGGCCAGCAAGUGGGAACGCUCACCGCCGAGAAGCACCCUUCACUCCCCAUUGAGGUGUGCACGGCGCCGGGCUCAUGCACCAAGGAAGACACCACGGUGGUCCUCGACGCCAACUGGCGGUGGACGCACGUCACCAGCGGCUACACGAACUGCUACACGGGCAACUCGUGGAACGCGACGGCCUGCCCGGACGGCAAGACUUGCGCGGCCAACUGCGCCCUUGACGGCGCCGAGUACGAGAAGACGUACGGCAUCACGACGCCGCAAUCGGGCGCGCUGCGGCUCAACUUCGUCACCAAGAACGACAACGGGCAGAAUGUCGGCUCGCGCGUCUACCUGAUGGCCAGCGACGACAAGUACCGCAUGUUCAACCUGCUCAACAAGGAGUUCACCUUCGACGUCGACGUGUCCAAGCUCCCCUGCGGCCUGAAUGGCGCCGUGUACUUCAGUGAGAUGGACGAGGACGGCGGCCUGUCGCGGUUUGCCGGCAACAAGGCCGGUGCCAAGUACGGCACCGGCUACUGCGACUCUCAGUGCCCGCAGGACAUCAAGUUCAUCAACGGCGAGGCCAACGUUGAGGGCUGGGGCGGCGUCGACGGCAACUCCGGGACGGGCAACUACGGCACUUGCUGCGCCGAGAUGGACAUCUGGGAGGCAAACCUGGACGCCACCGCCUACACGCCUCACCCGUGCAAGGUCAACGAGCAGACUAGGUGCGAGGGGACUGACUGCGGCUCCGGCGAUGAGAGGUACUCUGGCCUGUGCGACAAGGAUGGCUGCGACUUCAACAGCUUCCGCAUGGGCAACAAGGACUUCUACGGGCCGGAGAAGACGGUCGACACGUCCAAGCCCUUCACCAUCGUGACGCAGUUUGUCACCGACGACGGCACCGACAGCGGCACGCUCAAGAGCAUCCACCGCUUCUACGUCCAGGACGGCAAGGUCAUCCCCAACUCGGAGACGGUCAUCGAGGGCGUCGACCCGGUCAACCACAUCAGCGACGAGUUCUGCGCGCAGCAGAAGACGGCCUUUGGCGACAACAACUACUUCGCCACCGUCGGCGGCAUGGCCGCCAUGGGCAAGUCGCUCGAGAAGAUGGUGCUCGUGCUCAGUAUCUGGGACGAUCAUGCCGUCUCCAUGAACUGGCUCGACAGCAACUACCCGACUGACGCCGACCCGAGCAAGCCCGGUGUGGCCCGCGGCCGAUGCGACCCCGAGGCCGGUCUGCCCGAGAACGUCGAGAAGGAGCACCCGGAUGCCUAUGUCGUCUACUCCAACAUCAAGCUCGGCGCCAUCAACUCGACCUUCACAGCUGCCUAGAUGUCUGUCUGGGUUACUGGACUCAGGAGUUGAUGGUUUAGGAAGAUGUUGGUUUCAGAUGCGGCGCGCCAUGUCGUGUAUAUGCGGCCUUCUUGUUUGGGUACCUAAAUUGGCAGUUUUGGGAUAGAGAGGACGAAAUAGAGCCUAGAUGGUUACGACAGAAAC